AUGCCGCUCGCCUGGCAGAUGGGCGCAAAGACCUGGCAGCAUCCCGAGGUGCAUCAACGGUGGGUCGAGGAGGAGAAAGCGAGGGCUGCAGCCGCAAAGGUUGCGCGAGAGGAGGCCAAACUUGCCAAGGAGGUCGGGAAAGAGCAACGGCAGCUCAUACGGCGGCAGCUCGUCGACCAGACGCGUCAACAGCGCGAGGACAAGAAGGACGAGUACCUCGCUAAGCUCAAGGCCGACGUCGUACGCCUCGAGAUGAAGCGCACCGGCGACACCCCCGACAAGCGCAUCGCGCUCCACGACAAGGCGCACGCCUCCAAGCACGUCGAGGAGCGCGAGAAGGUGGUCGGCAAGGAGAUAAAGUGGUCGGCGCUCGAGAUGCUCGCGAUCCGGGAGAAGGAGCUCGACGAGAAGAAAAAGGAGCAGGAGAAGCACCUCGCCGACCUGGCCGACCGGCGGCGCCGUGAGCUCCUCGAGUACAAGCACGCCCUCGGCCUUUCUUCUUCGGCACCGCGCCCUCCUCAUCGCCCGACGACACUCGCCAACCGUCCGCUGUCGCUCCUCGACGAUCCCGCCUUCUGGCGCCUCGACGACGCAAAUCGGCACCUUCUCGAGCUCAUGCGGCCAGACGAGCGGGCCGAGUACGGGUUCGGGCCGUACGAGGAAGACGAGGUCGAGGCUGGCGCCGCAGCGCAGCAGCACCCAAGCUUGCCGGGCGCUGUCCCGAGGAUCAAGGAGGACCAGCUCGCUCGGCAGAUCAAGAGCUUCACCUUCACCGCCGACCCGAACCCUACGACCCUCGUCUCGGCGGCCGACGCGCCCAUCACGCUCUCCCUGCCAGUCGACGGCCUUCCCGACCUGUCGACCCUCACCGCCGACGACCGCCGCACGGCCCAGCUCAUCGUCGAGGACGAGUCCAAGCGCCUACGAGACGAGCUCGCCAUGUUCGCCAUCGACGAGUUCGGCGCCAACGCGCUCGUCGAGUUUGACGAGAGCGGGCUCGUGCACGUCGAGGGGGAAGAGCUGCUCAGGGCGGGCUACGUCUACGAGCUUCGAGCGCAAGGCGUCCCCGCCGUCCUGUCGCACGCGCCUCGACCCGCACCUCACCACCCGCAGCCGGCCCGAUACGCGCACUUUACCGCCCCUGCACGCCCGGCCGCAGCGCCGAGCCCCUGGGGCACGCUCGGCGGGUCGCUCGGCGGCCUCGGCGGCGGGAACGGCGGGGCAGGGUGGGACGACGAGCCGCUUUUCGGCGGGCCGGCGCCGGGCGCGGCGGCAUGGGGCGCUCCUGCGGGUCGAGGCGGCGCAGGAUGGGCAGUACCGGGUGUGCGGCAUGGAGCAGGUGCGCUGCCGGGCGCGUGGGGCGGCGGCGGCGGCGGCGCGGUCUGGCAUGGCCUUUCCGAACGGCCUACGGCCGGCUUCAGCGCCUUCCCGCCGCCCGACCCGCAUCAUGGCGCGCCGCCCGAGCUGCGGCACUUGCCGUGGGGCGCGCAGCAGUACGUCAAAGCGGUGCGGGAGCGGCGAGAGCGCGAGGAGCGAGAGUUGGCGGCGGCGGGUGCUGCAGAUGUCUAUCACGACGCACACCCGCACCCGCACUUGCGCCCUCAACCUCAACCCGUCCACAACCCGUCCCUCCUCCAGCCCAACUUGGCUCGUUCCUCGCACGUCCUGUCGCCGCACGCGCCCGCCCUCGCCCCUGUCGCAGCCCGAUCUGCAGCCCUGCACCGGGAGCUCGAGAUGCAGCCGGCGACGGUCGACCCGGACGACGGCGGUGGCGGCGGCGGCGCGCUCGGCCUGGGAGGGGUUCGAGCGGGACUUGCCGCGCCGGUGGCGAUGGCGCCUGCGCCUGCGCCAGCAGCCGCCUCCAAAGGCUGGGGAGGGCUCAAGUCGUGGCUCACGGGCGGCGGCGGCGGUGGGACGGGCGGCGCGGGCGCAGCGACGGUCGGGCCUGCUGCGACGGUCGGACAGGGAGGAGCGGGAGGAGCAGGAGCAGGGGCGGACUUGCGCGCCGGGCAGGCUUGGUAGACGAUGACAGAGGCUUGUAUUGACAACGAGUACAAC